CCUAAGGGCUCCCUCCUCCCUUCUUCCCCCCUCCUCUUCCCCUCUGACACUGCUUCCGGUGGUGACGUGUAUUCGCUUCACCGGGACUAAAGUUCCCCCUCCUCGGUCUAUGGGGGCGGGUAGAGGAAAGCCGAGAGCGCUCCCAACAAGGCCGCAGUAUCGCGCAAGCGCGGAAGGUGGCAGCGGGGCGGACCCCGGGGGCGAGGCGGGCCCCGCCUGGAGCGGCGUGGGCGGGGCGGGUGACGUCUCUCGUCCCCGGGUGUCGGGCCGUCGGACGGGCUCGUGCGGCCUCCUACCCCUCCCGCCGACUACUGCCCCCAACGGCUCUUCCGGCCCCAGUCGUGACUCCGUGGAGUGGGAGGGGCGCAGUCUCUUGAAGGCGCUCAUCAAGAAAGCUGCGCUGGGUGGGGAGCAGGUCCACAUCCUGGGCUGUGAAGUGAGCGAGGAAGAGUUUCGUGCAGGUUUUGACUCCAGUAUCAACAGCCGGCUGGUUUACUAUGACCUCUUCAGAGACCCGCUCAACUGGGCACAGACUGGGGAAGCCCUUCCGGGGGGACCCCUGGGAGCCUUGCAGGCCAUGUGCGAGAGGACGGAUCCUGGUCCUGUCACUGUGGCUCUCGAUUCACUGAGCUGGCUGCUGCUGCGUCUUCCCUGUGCCGCCCUCUGCCAGGCCCUCCAUGCCAUGAGCCGUCAGCACGCCUGCCGUGGUGGCGGCCCCGCAGCGGAGCAGCUGUGCGUGCUAGGCCUGCUGCACCGAGAGCUCCACGGCCCGGGCCCCAUGGGAGCAUUGAGCAGCCUUGCCCAGACCGAGGUGACCCUGAGUGGUACAGCGGGCCAGGCCUCGGCCCACAUCCUCUGUCGGAGGCCCCGACAGCGCCCAACCCUCGAGACUCUGUGGUUCUCCGUCCUGCCAGACUUGAGCCUGGAUCUCCAAGGGGGACCCCCGCUAGAGUCCCAGCCCCACCCAGAUCCUCACACACCGCAGACAGCAGGCUCUGCUGCGCCCUGGGCCCGGCCCUGCUACCAGCCGCAUCUUCUAUGAGCCAGACGCGUUCGAUGACCUGGACCCAGAAGACCCAGAUGGUGACCUGGAUGUUUGACGGGGAGCCUUGACUAGCCUGUACUGGGGAGGGGGGAGAGAGACCUUGGACGCGUAACCAUCCUUUCGUUGUUUGCGGCGGCCUUACCCUGCCCUACCUGUGUUCCCUGUGUGCGGAGGUCCUGCCUCGUGACCCCCGAGUCAGGGAGUAGCUUCCAGGCGGGACAAAACGUGGGAAGGGGCAGAGGGGAAGGUGAGGGAACAGAGACGCCUCCCUUCCCAGCCUAAUAAAAUCUAUUUUUUUACGAAAAAAGAAA